GCCUACCUUUGACUUCGCCUACUGGGCGGAGCACGUCGAGGAGGUCCAGAAGAAUGCCGAGAACAGGGCGUUCAAGUGCGACGUGGCCAGGAUCGUGGACGUGUACCAGGAGCAGCGGACAUCGGCCUUUGAGCUGCAGCAGCUGGCAAAGAAGCGGAAUGAGAAUGCGAAGUCCAUGAAGGGAAAGAUGGAGCAAGAGCAGAGGGAGGCCCUCAUUGCCGAGGGCAAGCGCAUCAAAGAGGAGAUCAACUCCUUGGAGUCGAAGGUUGAGCAGCUGAGUGAG